CCACAGGACGGUAGAUCUCCCGGAAGUGUUGGUUACCACUGAUUGUCCACGUUUGCAUUCCCGAAAUGGGUUGACUCGACUCAAACAGCUGUUUCUGCAAACUGGUAUAACAUAGGAAUAUACAUCCUGAAAUCAAUACAUGCGUAAAACUUUAUAUUGCCUAACCGGCAGCCACAUUAGCUAUUUUUUUAAAAUAAUUUCUCCCAUAGGCCGCCUAUGUUUCUGAUCGAGAAGUCUCGAAAAUGCUAACGAACAUGAGUGGAAUGACAACACGACUUAUGAGGCUGAAAUUUCGCAUUUGUCUUUAAGCUUUGGCAGGGAUACUGACUAUGGCGCAUGACCAGUGGGCUAUGUUUUAAGCGGGAACUUUGUUCUGACGCUUUCACGUACAGCUGGAGUGUGUAAGCUUAAUGGGGGAUCAGGACAGGAAUAUGGAGAGCAAACGGCUGCCGCGAAUGGCCGCUUGUCUGAUGCGUUUCCCUUCUGAGCGAGAGGUUAUCUCGGGGUCUGCUAGAGGUCACUCCUCCCGGAAAAAGUCAGGUGACUUUGAAAGGCACGUGUUCAGUGAUGCCCUAGUAACUCCAGAACUGGAGCUGGUUAGUGAGGUGCCACACAUGCUACUGCAGGACAGUUGUCACAAGGUGAAGGACAUGAUCGAAGAUGACUCGGCGGAGGAGGACCAAUGCGACGUGUACCGAGUCGAUGCCCUGGACAACCGUUCUCACGGGCAGUUCUUCAACAGAGGACAGGACAAGCUGGAAGGCAGCCCCAAGAGGAGUAACAGAACUGGAGCGGGGUACACAGACUGGCACAAACACAGGACCGCGGCCGUUUGCAGCGAGCGCUUUGACCGUUUACUGCAGGAGUGCCCCGAGUUCCACAGCUGCAAAAGCUCCUUCGCUGCCUUUGUGUUGGAGAGAGAGGUGACCGACACGGACGGGCAGCCCUGCGAGCAGUACGAGGUGGUUGCCCUGGGAACAGGGAAGUCCAGCUGCAGCGGCUGGAUCUGCUUCAGCGGGCACGUGGUACAUGACUGCCACGCCAUUGUCAUUGCCCGCCGAGCGCUGCGGAGGUUUUUGUUCAAGCAACUGCUCCUGUUCUUCAGUGAUGACCCCAGUUGCAAAGAGAGGUCAAUUUAUGAAUGCACAUCUGAUAGCCAUCUACUUCAACUCAAGCCAAAAAUCUAUCUGCACCUCUACACCAACCAAACUCCUAAGGGGGCUGCACAGUGCAUUCUAACGCAGUUGUCCCUGAGCUGUUACACCUCCCUGAAGCUGCAGUGUCAUGCCAAGGGCUCUCUCAUCCCCGCUGUCUUCUUGCACCCCAGUACCUGGGGGGCGCGCAUAUGCUGCAUGUCGGACAGCGACAAGCUGUGUCGCUGGGCGGUGACCGGCCUGCAGGGUGCGCUGCUGAGCCACUUCAUUCAGCCGCUCUACAUUACCAGUGUGGUCCUGGGAGGCUCCAGCCACUACUCAGAGAAAGUGUCCGACACCAUCAGCAAGAGACUGGGUGAGGGGUGGCUGGGCCAGCUGACCCACCCGUUCAGGCACCAGAAGAUAUUCUUCUUCAGUGGGGAAAACGUCGGGCCAUUGGUCUGCUCAACCCACUGCAAGAACCUCAGCCUCAACUGGUGCCUGGGUGACCCCAGCAUUGAAAUACUGGACAGUACCAAUGGCCACACUACUGAGGGGUCCCCCUUCAUAAGUGGCCCAGGUUUCACCAGCAGACUGUGCAAGAGAGCUUUCUUCAGCAUCUUUCGAGAAAUCGCCAAGCUAGGGAACCAUCAAGACCUACUGGGUCUGGCCACCUACCAUGAUACAAAGAUGUCCGCCCACCUCUACCAGACUGCCAAAGCCUUGGUCAACGAGCAGUUCAUGGCAAACAACGCAGGGCCCUGGAACUCCAAAGAACUGGUGGACAGCUUUGGCCACUGAUGGGGAAGCAAAAGCUGAUUUUUGCUUUAAUGUUCAAAGGAAUUUUUUGUGUUCCUUUGUGUUUGUUUUCAGUAAAUGACUAGUAAGGUUGAAAUCAUAUUACUUCUGUUUGUCUCAGUAAGCUGUUCGCAUUUUUAGUUUCUAGAAUGGUCAUGUUCCAGAACAUUCGGAUCUUGGUUUCUGUGUGUGAUAAAUGUAUAAACAGUUUUUUUUAUUUUUUUAUUUAAUGAUUAUUUUUUUCUUUUGUUCCAAGGUAGAGUUGUUGAGCUAGGUUUUGAGGUUCCAGCCCAAAGUAUAUUGUGAGAAAAUAAAGGGUGCCAAGGUUUAAAAUGAA